UGUCAUUCGUAAGCUUAUUUUCAAUCGUGACGGUCGUGCAUUUUUGUCGCUGUUCGAAUUGUAUGGCGGAAGAGUGGUGCAUUAUUCGCGAUUAAUUUUUUUUUCACAUCGCCCUCCGCGUCGUCGCUUUUUCCUUCGCUGAAAAACGUUCUUUCCGGAGAUUACGGUUACGUCGUGAAAUUGCGGCGCGCGUGGGGUAUCAUAAUUGAUCUGUUUAGAAGGGAAGCUGCUAGUAGAAGAAAAGUUCCUACACAUAGUGAUCAAUAAAUUCCUUACCUUUGUUGCAUAUCUGUCUACCUGAGUGAAAACAGUGCUAUUUUUAUGGUAGUCCAUAUUAUCGACAAGCCAGUGCAAAGUUUUUGUGUUUGUCAUAGCAGUCAAUUACCAUUAUAACCGAGCCGUUUGCUUUUGUUCGACAAAGAGUAGAUGGAGGAUGGAAAUAUUUCUCUGGUAGAUGUACAAGCAAAAAAUCGACGAGGAAGCAGAAACGAAAGAUUGUAACAAAAUAGGAAUUACGGAGAGAUAGAAACCUAUCAGAAUUUACGUCGUGUUGGUGAAAUACGUGAUCAGCAGCCAGCAAAGCACACUGAAUACCAAUGGAUACUUCAUCGAAAGAUGCGGAAAUGGACGAAAAUCAGGAUCUGGAUCCGAGAAUCCAGGUUGAACUGGAAAAUCUCAACACGGCAACGGAUGAUAUUAACAAACUGGAAAUUGAACUAGAGGAAGCGAAGUCAACCUUCCGAAUACUGAUGAACGAAUCCACCCGGCGACUGAAACUGUCUUCCAAGAAACUCGGCAGCUGCAUCGACAGGGCACGGCCAUACUUCGAAGCGCUGGAGAAGGCCAAAUCAGCUCAGCUGGAAUGUCAGGCAGCGGCCAUCAAGUACCAGCGGGCAAACGAGAUCCACGCGGCAGCCAAGGAAACAGUUGCCCUGGCGGAACAGCGCUUCCUCAGCAACUCACAGGAGUGGCAGUUCGAUAACGCGUGGCAGGAAAUGCUGAAUCACGCCACGAUAAAGGUGACGGACGCUGAAAAGCAGAAGACGGAAAGUGGUACCGAACAUCAGAAGAAAGCGAAAAUUUUCCAAGAAGCAGAACUGAAAGUACAACAAUUAGAAGAGCGCAAUCGGCGCAGCAUCCAAAAAUCACGGCCAUAUUUUGAUGAGAAACAACUGUGCCAGGAGCAGUUAGAGGCUCAAAAAGGUCGCAUCCAACAGCUGGAGGAUCAAAUAUGUGCGGCUAAAACCGCUUAUGGAACUGCUCUUCGUAACCUGGAGCAGAUCAGCGAGGAGAUUCACAAACAGCGUGGCGAUCUCAGCAUGGCAGCACCAUCUGGACCCCGAGAACCGGGCGUAGGUGCUGAGCUGUCCAAUUUGCCCCCGUCAACCUUGUCGAUCAAAUUGAGUUCAUCCUGUGCCAGUAGUAGCAAUUACAUCAAUUACAGCAGUAAUAUGCCCGACAUAUCGACUGAGCUGGAUAAAUGUGAGAUCCAUUCGGUGGAAAGUACAUCGCUAGCUACGAGCUCCGCAGUUAGCGAAAAGGAUCCUAGCGAUGAUUACAUGAAUGAUGCGGAUCUUAACUUGGAGCUACUGCGGCAGAAGGUCAAAACAUUGGCCGUACGCCCGGUUGAGGGAGGUGACGGCCAGCAACAAGAGCAAGAUGUUUGGGAACAUGAACUAAAUGCUACCGUGGACAAGUUAGAUCACUUGAUGAUGUUGAGAGAGUGCUCAAUUCGUGGUCCCAGCAUAGUGUCUCCGAACGAAAACAGCCAGUCUAACUAUAUUAGCCUGCCAACGACGCCGAAGCAUCAACAGAUGUCUCCGGUGCUGGCGGAGAAACAGAAGAUCAAAAUGUUCAAAAAACUAGAUCCUCUACCGCUCGCAAAUGUCUCGAUGUAUGCGCUUCCAACCUAUCUUAGUAGCAGUGGGAUGCCACCCACUAUGGCGGUUCCUAUGGGACAGAACGAUCUGAUUACGCCUUGUAAUGAACCCGUUGCUCCCGUCGUUGGGAUCAAAAGCAAACGAAAGAUGUCCAUGUAAAGUUUAGUGUCAGUUGAUGCAAACAGAUCGAUUAAUAGGGGGCACCGAAGGCGUAAUAUUUUCAGAGUCGAGACAGAAACUUUGUUUUGACUACGCUUUUUCGUGUAUUGUUUAUUUUCUACGUUUUACUAGAAAUUACAAAAAUAGCAACAACAAAACAAAACUACUAGAUAGUAUAAUUACAGAAAUUAAAUCUCGAUGUAAAGAGAUUAGACUAAAACUAAGAUACUUCAUUUCAAGCUAUUGUUUCGAACAUGCAAAUCAAAUUUAUGUGCGUUAAGUUUGCCCUCGCUUCUUUUUUGAGAUGCCAAAUUUUAGUUUUCAUAAUAGUUGUAUCUUUAUAGAUUGUGAUUUUUUGUGCAUUUCAAAAAUCAAAUUUGCGUAAUUUUUAUGAAAUGCUAGUUUUUUUUUAUUGUUCCCCAAUAAAUGAUCGAUCAUCGUAAUAUAUGUAGGUGGCAGAAAACCAAUCUGACUAAUCUGAUUCGAAUGCAUCACUAUGGGUCACAGCCUUUACACUAUGGCCACUAUGAAAAACAUGCUAGCUCGUUCGACACUACGAAUUUGAAAAAAAAACAUUUGCUGUGGAUUAUAUUUUUCACUGGAGAAAAAAUCUGCAGUGUUCAAAUAAAUGCUAAAUCUAUUUUAAUAUUUACGAUGUUAGAAAUGAUAACGUAUUUCCUAUAGCGAUUCUUUAUUUACGAAAUCUUUUUAGUACAAAGUUGAAACUUUAUAAUGACACUACUUUGUGUUAAAUCCUGAAUAGAAUCAAUUUAUUUGAAGAUAACUGCGUUGCAAAGCACAGAAUGUUAAGUGCAUAGAUGAAGCGUAUACCUAACCCCACAAACAGUAGUAGAUCAAUACCAUAAAGUUCGAUUGUGUAAUCAGUGUUUAUGCACCGUUUAAAAUUUUGUUUUUUUUUCGAAAAUGUGUAAUUCAUGAAGGCAUUUUGAGUGAAAAUGUCGCAACUUAGGGCCAAGAUGUCAAUAUUACCGUUCGUUGGCGAACCGUUUAACAGAACAGAAUCAAACCGAUUGGGAAAGAACAUUUCAAAUGAACAAAUUAGCAAGCAUUACUGUAUCGAUUUGGGUAACCAGAAAUAAUGUGGUUUUAUUGUAUAUACUAGUAGAAAUAAGAUGAUCGGAAAGUUCAAUCAUCUCUAAUAGCAUUAUUGUAAGCAAGAUGAAACAAUACUAAUCUAACCUAGCUCAGAGUAAGUCUUAGUUGUUCAAGUUAGAUCAACUGGAUAUAUUUGCUGAUUGUUCCAUAAGAUUCGAGGGCAAAUUUAUAUUCAGAAAUACGUGUACGUAGAGUUUUAACACAACCGAUUGAGGAUGAAUAAAUAUUUAAAAUAAAACCUGUAGAA